AAGAAAAUAUAGGUUAUCUCUUGAAUUUAUGGUUCAAACGGUAGAGUUGACUGGGUUCAGUGAUGCACGUAAUAUAUAUCUAGACUCAUUAAUGGACAAUUGAUUUUUUUAUGAAUCCCUCUGAAAAGCAAUAAAAUGUGGUCAGACACUUUGCUGAUUGUAUUUAUAUCAAUUUGCACUGCGUUGCUUGGUGAAGGUUUAACAUGGUUUAUGGUUUAUAGAACUGAACGAUACCAGAAGCUAAAAACGGAAGUUGAAAAACAAAGUAAACGAUUAGAAAAGAAGAAAGAAAUUCUUGGAGAUUCUUUAGAUAAGCAACACAAGAAAAAACUGGAGCGAGAAGAGGAUCGUUUGAAGCACAACAACCGAGAUUUGUCAUUUGUAAAAAUGAAAUCUAUGUUUGCUAUUGGUUUUGCUUUUACUGCUUUGCUCAGUAUGUUCAACAGCAUAUUCGAUGGACGUGUAGUUGCAAGGUUGCCCUUUCUACCAUUAGCUUGGAUUCAGGGACUAAGCCAUCGCAAUUUGCCUGGAGAUGAUUACUAUGAAUGUUCCUUUAUCUUUCUUUACAUUUUGUGUACAAUGUCAAUUAGACAAAGUAUUCAGAAAAUGCUGGGUUUUGCUCCAUCACGGGCAGCUUCAAAACAGGGGAAUAGUUUGUUUGGACCAAAUCCCACAGGUUUUAAAUAAAUCAGUGAAUACUUUUGUUAAUAUUCUUUUGAAAGUUACUUUAUAUAAAUGUUCACGAGAAAAAUCUAUAAAAUUAAAACACAAUUAUUACA